AUGAACGCCUCCGCCCUCCUCCAGUCCCAAGGCUGGCUGGGCAAAGGCCACUCCCUCGACUCCCACCGCUUCGGUUCCUCCUCCACUAUCCCAACCCAAUCCGGCCGAAAUGCCCGCGGCCUGGUGAACCCCCUCCUCAUAUCCCGUAACACCGACGGCCGCGGCAUAGGCAACAAGACGCACUACACCUCUGACCAGUGGUGGCUCUCGGCUUUUGACCAGAAGCUCAAGGGGUUGGACACGACAAACUCGAAGGAGGGUAUUACCCAGACUGUCACGGAGGGGAAGCUGGAUGCGGUGGGGAGGGUGCAGGAGGGGAAGUAUACCGGUACCAAGGGGCUGUAUGCGUUUUUUGUGAAGGGGGGUUUGUUGGAGGGGACGGUGGAGGUUGGGUUGUUGGGGGAGAGUAAGGAGGGGACUGCGACGCCUGAUGGGGGGAGUGAGAGUGGUGGGGGGUUUUCGUUGAGGCAGCAAUUGGCGGCGAAGAGGGCGAAAAGAGAGGCGAAGAAGGCGGGGAUGACGAAGGAGGAGAGGAAAGCAAGGAAAGAGAAGAAGGAGGCGAAGAGGUUAAAACGGGAGGAGAAGGUAAGGAGGAGAAAGGAAAAGGAGGAGAGGAAAAGGGAGAAGGAGGAGAGGAGGAAAAGGAAAGAGUUGAAGAGGAGGAGGAGGGCGGAGAAGGAUAAGAAGGAGAAAUGA